AUGGAAAAACUUGUUCCAAAGGUAAAAGCUUAUCACUGUCUAGUUUCUGAGUUUCCAACAUUACUCUACAAAGAGACUCAGCUAGGGGAGAGGAAAGAACUUGUUCCACAGAUUGAUCCGAGGCAUCGUUAUGGAAACAACUUACAACUAUACUAUAAACUGUGGUCUAAAAGCUCUACCAGUCAGCAUUUCUUUUUCUGGUUGGAUUUUGGAGAUGGCAAAGAGGUUGAUCUUGAAGAGUGCCCAAGAUCAAAGCUUGAUCAACAAUGUGUCAAGUAUUUUGGACCAGUAUGCGAUCAAAAUUACAUUACCAUUUGCAAGAUAAUUUUUUUCUACAUUGAUGGCAUGUUUGACAAAUGUUACUGA